CAACACGGCAUUGCGACAACACACUUCUUUGAGAUACCCCACAUAUCCUCCAUUUUCGCGAUUCUACGAGCGCAGCAUUUUUGCGUUGAAUAGGUCGCCUCCAAGAGCACUAAACCCUUUGCAUAUUCUGCGUAAUGGCGGAUUCUCUCCGCGAUGAGGAGAAAAAGCAACGUCUGAGGCUCGUCGAAGAAUUCCUCCUUCCUCAGGAUGUGUCUGCGCGAAGUUACCAACCAGACAUACUGGUUAUGCUGAACCGGGGAUUAAAGCGGCUCACAGUAAGCUUGGAUGAGAUAAGAGCACACAAUAGGGAUCUUGCAGAUGGUCUGCUCAACGAUCCAUUUAAUUUCACCGAAUCCUUCGAUAUGGCCCUCAAGGAAGUCAUCAAGGCCCUUCCCGGUCGACCAGCGCACGAAACCGAUAAAGACGCCGUAUACUACUGUGCCUACAUUGGCAGCUUUGGCGAGUUCUCAUGCAAUCCGCGCACUCUGAGCUCACAUCAGCUCAAUCACAUGGUGUCAAUGGAGGGAAUCGUUACCAAGACAUCUCUUGUCCGGCCAAAGGUUGUCAGAAGUGUGCAUUAUAGUGAAACCAAUCAGAAGUUUCAUUACCGCGACUAUCGCGAUCAGACGACGACCAUGGGUGCAGCAAGCACAAGCGUAUACCCUACAGAGGAUGAGGAUGGCAAUCCUCUGGUUACAGAAUAUGGCUUCAGCACCUAUCGGGAUCAUCAAACUAUCUCGAUUCAAGAAAUGCCGGAGCGCGCCCCCGCCGGUCAACUACCAAGGUCGGUCGAUGUGAUCCUAGAUGAUGACUUGGUGGAUCGGGUUAAGCCCGGUGACAGGAUCCAGCUCGUCGGAAUCUAUAGGUCUUUAGGAAAUCGGAAUGCCUCGUCUGGUAGCGCCACCUUCCGUACCUUGAUCCUUGCGAAUAACAUAAUCUUGCUGUCUUCCAAGUCGGGCGGUGGCAUAGCGCAGGCAACAAUCACUGACACUGACAUUCGCAACAUCAACAAAGUUGCUAAGAAUAAGCGAGUUUUCGACCUCUUGUCACAGUCGCUUGCGCCUUCAAUAUACGGCCAUGACUACAUCAAGAAGGCUAUCUUGCUUCUAUUGCUCGGUGGUCAAGAGAAGAACCUGGAUAAUGGAACCCAUCUCAGGGGAGACAUCAAUAUCCUCAUGGUCGGAGACCCCUCGACGGCAAAGUCCCAACUACUUCGCUUUGUUCUAAAUACUGCUCCUCUUGCAAUCGCCACGACAGGUCGGGGAUCUUCUGGUGUUGGUUUGACAGCAGCCGUCACCUCAGACAAAGAGACCGGUGAACGUCGCUUGGAGGCCGGUGCCAUGGUCCUUGGUGACCGUGGAGUUGUGUGCAUCGAUGAGUUCGAUAAGAUGUCAGAUGUUGAUCGCGUGGCCAUUCACGAAGUCAUGGAGCAGCAGACUGUUACCAUUGCAAAGGCUGGUAUCCACACGUCGCUGAAUGCACGAUGCAGUGUCAUUGCAGCCGCCAAUCCGAUAUUUGGCCAGUACGACAUCCACAAAGACCCGCACAGGAACAUUGCCUUACCUGACUCGCUCCUUUCCCGUUUUGAUCUGCUGUUCGUUGUUACCGACGACAUCGAAGAUGCCCGUGACAGACAGGUCUCUGAACAUGUCCUCCGAAUGCACCGUUACCGGCAACCUGGGGCAGAAGAUGGUGCUCCAGUCCGCGAGGAAGGUGCCCAGAUGCUAGGUGUUGGCCUAGAGAACGACACAGACAACAACCGCCCCACGGAGGUAUACGAAAAGUUCAAUCCAAUGCUCCACUCUGGCGUGACUGUCACAGUGGGUCGUGGUGCCUCUCGUAGGACAGAAGUUAUCAGCAUUCCUUUCAUCAAGAAGUAUAUCCAGUACGCGAAGCGGGAAAAGCCUAUUCUGACCAAAGGAGCUGCCGAUCAUGUCGUCGGGGCCUACUCUGCUCUCCGCAAUGAUGAGCUCGACUCUGGUACACGCCGUACAUCGCCCAUCACAGCACGUACACUAGAAACACUCAUUCGUCUUUCGACCGCUCACGCCAAAGCCCGUCUUUCCAAACGGGUCGAGCAGAAGGAUGCCGAAAUAGCAGAGCAAAUAUUACGCUUUGCCCUUUUCAAAGAAGUAGUUGAGUCUCACAAGAGCAAGCGUAGGCGGACGACGCGGGAUCCUGAUGCGAUGUCUACCGACGACGAUAGCUCCGACGAUAACGAGGACGGCGACGAAGAGGAGCAGACUGCACCUCCUCGCCGAACCGGAGGACCGAGCACUCGGAGUCAGCGUCCAAGCACGACUCAAACACCCGCUAACGACGAUAACGAAGAUCCAGAGGCUGAGGAAGAUGACGAACUCUACCGUAGCACACCACGCUCGCAACGAACAACGCAACGAAGUGGCGUGUCCAAGCCCUCCGGCCGUGACAGCAUUGCAACUCCCUCCCAAGCACCAUCGUCACGCCCUGCGUCCCAACUUCCCCCAACGCAGUCUUCACAGUCUCAAGAAACCCAAUCAGAAGACAUCACACCCCAGCGACUUCAGGUGUUCCAAACCGCCCUAGGCCAGCUCAUCGACGGUCCACUGUUCGCAAACGAUGCAGCAGACUUAGAGCCACUCAUCGCUGCAGUCAAUGCCCGACUCGGCAGCGGGCCCGGCCGCGAGAGAUUCGACACGGCGGAAGCAGAGAAAGCUCUCGAGACACUGAGUGACAGGAACAAAAUCAUGUACAGCGACGGCAUCAUCUACAAGAUAUAAUCUACCCAGACCCCUCUUUCCCUCUUUCUCCACCGCCCAACUUACCAACCGUCCACUUUCACCACGCACUACAUAGCAGAGAUCACGAAACUCGAUGUAAUUAGGUAGAUAGCUUUCAUUGAAGACAGGAUAUACACGCAC